GGAGGAAAUGAAAAAGACAAAAGAAGCGGGCUAGCCGCCGCCGCUCCGCCGCUGCCUGAGCCGCUACUAGACCUGCCGCUGCGGGGUGCACCACAUGUCCGAGGAGCGGCAGAGGACGACCGCUCUCCUCUGUUUUCUGAGUGCACGCAGGAUGAAACACUGACCCGUGAUGGCAUGCUUCCUUCCUGGGCCUUGUCCCCUGGCAACAGAAACCCUGCAUGGUUCUGAAAAGAGGACAUGAGCCUGGGAAACUCUUUUAGGAGAGCAGACGGGAGCUCAAAGCACAGCGGGAACGGAAUGUCCAAAAGAGAGGAACGAUACCCCAGCCAUAACCGGACGCAACGUGCUGCCGCUGCAUUGUUGCGAUGGAGCUUCCUGUCUCGUUCCUAACCGUGCCUGCCAAUAUUCAGCACACGAUGCCCUGCAUGCUGAGGACACAGCAAGCAGGUGCAACUUCAUGCUCUCUGCCAGGUCAGUGCAAGAUCAAAGGUUUGCACAUGAAGUAAAAACAUCUUCUCUGUGUGUUAUGCACUUUUAUUUGUGUGAUUGUUGCAUUCUUUCUCUCUGCCGCUCACAGGGAGUUUGCCUGAGAAAAUAAAUGCUCAUUAAAUAGAUCAAUAAGCAAAUAAAGCUGAAAUGAUUAGUAGAUUAACAAAAUAAAAUAAAAUUUUAAUGUGUUAAUUGAUCUUUUCAGUCUUUUGAAAUAGAGUAUUGAUUUUAUUGAUCCCAUAAGGGGAAUGUUAGUGUUGCAGCAGCACUAUAGAUAAAUUAAAUAAAUUAAAUAAAUACAUAAAAUAAAUUCUUGACAUCCAUUAGUUUAAGAUUCUCAAAAUGGAAGCGUUUUCUUUUUGCUUUGCUUCAUUAUAUAGUAAAUUCAACACCUUUAGUGUUUUUACCGAUGGUCAGACAAAUCAUGAAUGAAAAUAGGGCUCAGGGAAAUUUAAAUGGGCAUUUUAAACACAUUUUAAAUGAAUAAUUGAAAAAAUAAUCAAACUGAUACUGAAAACGUACAGUUAUAAGUUGCCGCAUUAUAAGCAAGAACUUUGAAAAGGGACUGAAUGAGGUGUCAGACUGCCUACUGAGGACCUGUGCUGACCAGCUGGCUGAGGUGUUCACGAUGAUCUUCAGCCUCUCCCUACAACAAGCUGCAAGCCCCACCUGCCUCAAAUCAACCACUACUGUCCCUGUACCCAAAAAGUCUGGCAUUACAAACCUCAGUGACUACAGCCCAGUCACCCUCACCCUGGGCAUUAUGAAGUGCUUCAAGACGAUGAUCAUGGCAUAUAUCAAGAAAAGCAUCCUCACAGUUCUGAACAGCCAUCAGUUCGCAUACCAGACGAACAUAUCUAUAGAGGAUGCUGUCUUGGUUGCACUUCAUACAUCCCUAACCCACCUGGAGCAGCCGAAUACCUACAUCAGGAUGCUCUUUGUGGAUUUUAGCAGUGCCUUCAAUACUCCCCAUAAACCGGUACACAAACUCACCAACCUUGGACUCUCCACCACACUAAACUCAUGGAUUAUGGACUUUCUGACCAACAGGCCUCAUAAUGUCAGGAUGGAGAAUCUGACAUCCAGCACUAUAACCAUGAACACUGCAGGGGUGUGUGCUUCACCUCCUCACCAUGGACUGUGUCCCCACCCACUCCUCCAACACCCCGAUAAAGUUUGCCAUCGAUAUUUCGGUGGUAGGCCUUAUCAGGGACAACAACAAGACCUGGUACAGGCAGGAGGUCCAACAUCUGGAGGGUGGUGUGCAGGCAAAUACCUGGUCCUCAACACCACCAGAACAGAGGAAGUCAUCACAGACUUCAGGAGGACCAGGAGAGUCGUACAGUCUCCACUCCAUAUCAGCGGAGAAGAGGUAGAGAGGGUGGGCUCAAUCAAAUUCCUUGGCAUUCACAUUACAAAGGAUCUGACAUGGACACUGAACACCUCCAACCUGGUGAAAAAAGCCCAGAAGAGGAUGUUCUUUCUGAGGAAGUUUAAGCAGGUCGGUCUGCUUCCACAACUGCUCAGAAAUGUCUACAGAAGUACCACUGAGAGCGUCCUCUCCCAGGGCUGCACAGUGUGGUACAGUGGCGACACAGCAAAAGACAGGAAAGAUUUGUCCCGGGCAGUAAAGGUGGCACAGAAAAUCGUGGGAGCUGAUCUCCUGGACUUGGACUCUCUGUACGCUAAGUGCAUGCAGAAAAAAGCACGGCCAUCUGCAUGGACAUCAGCCACCCAGGACACACCCUGUUUGUCCCACUGCCAUCAGGGAUGAGGUACCGCACCAUUAAAACACGGACUACCAGGCAGAGGAACAGCUUUUUCCCCAGAACUGUAGCCUCCAUUAUGCCACCUCCCUCCUUCUCCCCCGCCCACAAACAGCACAAUCCAGAGCUGGAACUCUCCUUGAAAAAUACAAGUAUCAACCAACUACUGUAUUCAUAAACAAUGGUCUUUGCAUCCGAACUCCUCUGUCUAUUAUUCCAGAAAUACUGACAUUUUCAGAUACUGUAUUAUGGAUCCCAGUUGAACCUUGAUAAUUGUGGUGCAGCGGUUGUGUAAAUGUGGGUGACUGAUUCACAACAAACAAAGCACUUGCCUCAAUGACCCGUAGUGAUACCUGGGACAGUUUUUUCUAAGUUGCCCUUAUGUACAAAACAAAACCCCACACCUGUUCAAACCUGUCUCGCAUGCUCUGAUGUUGACUUUGGCAUUGGUGAUGAAUUCUAAAUGACAUUGAAGAAGUCCUCAUUGUGACUUUCUGGGAGCUCAUUUACAGUUCUUUUAAGAAUUCAUUAAAAGCUUUUAUGUCUGCUCCAGAGUGCCAUUUUACCUGCUUUAUGGUGUCGCUGUAACAUAAUACUGACUGAUUUCUUAUCAUAAAAGAAGCUGCUGCACUA